CAGCCCUCACUUCCUUCUAUGAGUGAUAAGAGGAGGUACAUUCAGAUCAGAGCGCCCGUCACAGCAAAACAGUGACUGAACUGCUCUGUUCACACACACACAGCAAGUGAGAGAGAGAGCGAGACACAGCCGGCGAGAGGGACCUGCUGAAUGUGUUGUCGCCGUGGAGACGCUGCGGGGUCCCAAUAAGGAGGCGAAGAGGAGGAUUCUCCCGUCAGACCGUCCUGAGAAGACAGAGGAGAGGAAACAGCACAGAUCGCCAUUAGCCAUGGACCACCACCAGCAGCAGCAGCAGCAGCAGCACGCCAAAGUGGAGCGAUUUCUCAAGCUAGGAUAUUCUCUCAGUGACAUCCUGAGGGUGCUGGAGAACCUGCACCAUGACGCCCAGACCAAUGACAUUCUGGAGGAGCUGAUAAAAACCUGCCACACUCGCACCUACACCAACAAGAGUGUCCCCAACAGUCCAAAGCUGGUACCCAGAGGCUGCAGCCCCAGUCCCAGCCAACCCAGGCCCGGACCAGACAGAGACCCAGUGGCCGGCUUCAGACCAGUGGUGAUAGACGGCAGCAACGUGGCCAUGAGCCAUGGCGACAAGAAGGGAUUUUCGUGUCAGGGCCUUCAGCUGGCAGUUAACUGGUUCUGGGACAAAGGGAUGCGCGACAUCACGGUGUUCGUUCCCCUGUGGAGGAAGGAGCAGCCGAGGCCGGAGGCCCCUAUCACAGAUCAACAUAUUCUCCAUGAGCUGGAGAGGAGGAAGAUCCUGGUGUACACACCGUCCCGCUGCGUGAAUGGCAAGAGGGUGGUGUGCUAUGAUGACCGGUACAUCGUCAAGCUGGCCUUCGACUCGGACGGCAUUAUCGUGUCCAACGACAACUACCGUGACCUGCAGACGGAGAACCCCCAGUGGAAGAAGUUCAUAGAGGAGAGGCUGCUGAUGUACACCUUCGCCAACGACAAGUUCAUGCCUCCAGACGAUCCUCUGGGUAGAAAUGGUCCCACUAUUGAUGAUUUCCUAAGGAAGAAGCCAUGGACCCCGGACAACCGGCAGCAGCACUGUCCAUACGGAAAGAAGUGCACAUACGGAGUGAAAUGUAAGUUCUACCAUCCAGAGAGGGCCAACCAGUCGCAGCUGUCCGUGGCUGACGAGCUGAGGGCUCUGAGAGACAGAGCCAAGAGCGUCUCACCUGCCGCGUCUCACCUGGAGUCCCGACACGCCGCGUCCACUCCUCCGCCCCUCACCACAGAUGACUCGGCACACAGGGCUUCGCCGUGCGACAAGUCCGUCUAUCAGAGGGACACCAGCAGCCCGAGGAGCCAGUCCAACGCAAGUCUGCACCACUGUCCGAGCCCAGACGUAGACGAAGCCUUCAGCUCCAUGGAGAGCUCCUUGUCCAGGCUCUACCUCCACGCUGCGUCCGACAGCAUGGAGUACCCUCCGCGCAGCUACAGCAGCGGCGUGGCCAGCUACAACCUGAGCCACGACGAAUACUCCUUCCCAGGCUCACAUUACGGGAACUCUCAGGGCCGCUGCCUGAGCAGUGGAGGAGGCUACUACCCUCAUCAGAACAACCCUCUGUCCUGUGAGCAGCCCAUAUGCAGCCAGUGCAGGUGUGGUCACCAGCAAACCGGGAUGUCCCUCAAGCACCACCACCAGCACCAGCACCACCACCACCACCACCACCAGCAGCACCAGCACCAGGCAUGGAGCUCCUGCCCGGUUCUACCUCCACAUAACGUGGAGCACCCGGCUCAUUUUUCGGAGCCGUACUUAAGACCGCCCUCCCACGGACACACCCGCAACUUACCCCGUGACCCAUGGGUGCAGAGUAGUCCUUCUGACAUCAAGCUGAGCAGCCAGUCAAAGAGCCCGUCCAGCGAUCGGAGGAAAGGCCUGAGGAGCCAGCUGAGCACGCUCUUCCCCCAGAACAUAGUGGAGCAAGUCAUGAACGCUUACCCGCAUGUUUCAGAUGUGCCCAAACUAAUUUCGCUCAUUCAGAACUACAGGACGAGCCACAUAUCCUUCUAGGAUAAAGACUCAGGAUUUUCGUGUUAUUCAAAUGGAGAUCACGUGGGAGUUCUCAUCUCAGGAGCAAAGCGAAUGCUGAAAAAAAUGGCUGUGAAUUUAUAUUAUUAAAGAAAAAGACUGUGACAAAACUGGUUCUCUCGCUUCAACUUGUGGCAAACUUUGUUUUUAAGCAUUAAAAUGUGACUCAAUCGGAUGAAGCCUGGAAAAUGUAGCAGACUGAACACCAUUUUCUUAAUGUUAGUGUAAAAGUGCAAUGCACUACGCACCACACCAGCUACUUAUUGUAGCGCCUGUACAUGUUUUAUCAAAGCAGCAUGUGUUGUUUUCUCCAUGUUGCCUCAAAGUGAGGAAUGCUAUAUUCUGUGCAUCUGCACAGAACGUCAUUGACCUGUUUGUAAAUUGAACGCUCAACUUUUUGGGACACCUGUGAAAUAAAAGCACUUGAAAAGUA